GUGUCCGCAGACUUAUGUCCUCAGAUCUCGAUCUCUCUCGCAGCAUCCACACACGCGCUCCGCCGCCGUCGUGGCCACAACAGUAACACACAUCCAUCGCCAGUAGGACAAUGUAGAAAACACUGUGCUCAGAUUUCGCUGUGCAAAGUUAUAGUAGAUAAAACUAGGCCGUGCUCAAGUUUGGUGGUGCGAAGUAAAAGUGAAUGCUGAAACGAGUCGACUGCAAGUUAAUACUUAUGUUUACUAAUGCCGGUGGUGAAGUGUUAAUGUUAGUUAUGUUAGCGUAGUUGUAGCGUCAAAAAGAUGGGGUGGGGGAUUGGCUUGUCGGCGGCGAGCGGCGUGAUGGCGGUGGAAGUGUGCACGCCGCUGCUGCUGCUGUGCUGGCUCUGUUGCUGGCCCGAGGAUGGCUCCGACUCGUCCAGCUCAGGGCACCCUCGCAAGCCUGUUUUAGUCAGUAAUGAAGGAUCGAGACGGUCUUCAGGACUGCGCGCACGAACUUUUGGAAGCAGCGCCGUGUCUUUGCAUCUUCCGGGCACAUCUGGUUCCCCUAGCCUAGCUGCGCGGAGCCACGAUGACCUAACUCUAGCCCGGGCCUCAGCACCAGAAGUGAUACGAGAAGUGCUCACGCGCAGAGACUGGGAUCGCUCCGCACGAGAACUGUUCAUCCCCCUGCGGUCGGACCCCGAGACUUUCUCCUCCCCCCGUAGCCCUGUCGCCCCGCGCGCGACUCCUGAAGACCUGGGUCUUGAUCCACCAUGCAAGAAACACCAUACCAAUAUAAAGGGGCGCAAAGAACUGCGCGCGGCGCCACCGGAGCGUGACGAGGAAAGCCCUUCAACUUUCUAUAUUGGCGACAACGAAACUGAAAAAUUGGAAGAAAGACCGAUAUGCUCCGCAAAAAAAGAAAAGCAGUGCAUGAACGAGUCAAUCCGCUGCAAGGAGCGGCCUUGGCGUCUGGCGGCGAUGGGCCCGGGGCUGCCCGGUCUGGCAGUUGACGAGGUGGACGCUCUGGACGCACUGUCCGCGGCACCGAGCGCGCUGGACGGCACGCCGGACCCGCUGGACUCGUUGGGCUCCACGCCGGACGCACUAGACCGCUCGGGAGCUAUGCAUCAUGCUCUUGACUCUCGCGCCGCCGCUGAUAUGGGCUACGCUCGGAUUGUGCCGCUCUCACCAAUUUCUGUAGAUGUCGUGGGGUACGAGUACGAAGGCGGUGCGUACGGCGAUGAGGCAGACCGAUUUACGUUGGUACCCUCAACACCCGCGGAACCUGGGGUGCCCGCGGCACGUGCCCGCCACGCCUCUGACGGGGACAUCCUAGGGCCUGCCCCGCGCCCCGAGUCUGGUGCCUUCUCUGAAAGCGACGUGGAUUUGGAGCAGCGCUUGGCUCUGCAGGCUGUGGAAUUCCAAGAGCACGAGGAGUUCCGGGAACGGACGCCGCUGACGGCCCCGCGCUCUACGUGCACCGACCGCCGCGAAACUGCAAUAUAA